AUGUCCCAACAACCCUUUCGCCCUAUCAAGCGUCUUCUCAUAGCAAACAGAGGAGAAAUCGCAACGCGUAUUCUAUCCACAGCACGCGAAUUAAGUAUAGAAACCUACACCCUUUACACCACCAACGACUCAUCACACACUGUCAACUCAACCCAUUCCAUUCAACUUCCAUCUCCAUCUUCGUAUCUAGAUAUCUCAACUCUAAUAUCUAUUGUUCAAAAAUACAAUAUCGAUACUAUUCAUCCAGGCUAUGGAUUUCUAUCCGAAGCUGCUGAGUUUGCAGAAAGAAUGUGGAGGGAAGCUAACGCGGUUGUUAUCGGACCUGGAUUCCAAAUUUUAGAAAGAACAGGUGAUAAACUGAUGGCGAGAAACCUUGCACAGGAAUGUCACGUUCCUAUUCUCCCGGCCCUCAAAGUCCCAACAGAUGAUGUGACUCAACUCCAGAGAUUUGCAUCAGAGGUCGGCUAUCCUAUUAUCAUCAAAGCGGUAGAUGGAGGUGGAGGUCGUGGUAUUAGGAUUGUGACAAAAGAAGACGAGCUAGAAGGAAUGUCAAAAGCAGCAUUGAGAGAAAGUCCUAGCAAGAAAGUCUUUGCGGAGAAAGCUGCCGUGGAUGGUUAUAGACAUGUAGAAGUACAAAUUAUUGGUGACGGUAAAGGAGGGGUAAGACAUCUUUGGGAGCGGGAAUGUAGUAUCCAGAGGCGAUUUCAAAAAGUGGUCGAGUUUGCUCCUUGUUCGAUUGUGGAUAGGAGAGUUGUCGAGAAGGUUAUUGAAAGUGCGUUGAGUAUGGCCAGGAAGGUUAAUUAUUACUCGCUUGGAACUUUCGAAUUUCUCGUUGGCCAACCACAACCCGAAUUCUAUUUCCUGGAAAUCAAUCCACGUUUGCAAGUCGAACAUACCAUCACCGAAUCUCUGGCCUCCGGUAUCGAUCUCGUCAAAAUCCAACUUCUCCUCGCUCAAGGACAUCCUCUCUCAUCACUACUCCUACAAUCUCUCCCUUCAUCCCCAUUGACACCGCCUCAAAUUCACUCCCUGCAACUCCGCAUCACAGCUGAAUCCCCAUCUCAAAAUUUCUCGCUCAGUCCCGGGAAGAUCUCAUCUUUCUAUUUUCCCUCAGGCAAUGGCGUUCGAGUAGAUACUCAUCUGCAUCCUUCAACAUAUGCAAUCAUCGGCACAGAUUUUGAUAGUCUAUUGGCAAAGCUCAUUAUCAACGCACCUACCUGGCAAGAUAUCGUCGCGAAAGCUAAGCGAGCAUUAGAUGAUACAUAUAUCACUGGCAUUGAAACUAACUUAGAUUUGUUAAGAGCCAUUAUUGACAGUGAUUCAUUCAAGAAGCAAAAGUGCGAUACAAGAUGGUUGGAGAUGAAUUUACCGGUGUUACUCAGAUCCGCCAAGAAGAUAAGCGAGGGCUUGAAGAAUUCGGCAGUACCGGUAUCAACGAGCUCAUUACCGACUUUACCAUCUUCAUCGAGUGUGGUUUUCCGUCCGAGAGAUGCGUGGAAUAUUGAACUUAGUCCUGAUGAUUCCUCCAUUACGAAUACAAAAUCCGGGAACUCGGCGCCGAUACCAUACCAUAUGCAGAUAACCCGCAUCCUCAGCAACAACUUUCCUUCCUCUCUCAAAGCCAACAUCCUAUUCACUUCUCCAUCGUCUACUAACACAAAACCGACUCCCUACAAACUCUCCGUCACCUCAUCCUCCUCUACUCCCACCUCCGAACAAUCUUCCCAUCGUCUCGGCAACCCUAAGAAUCCAAACCACAUAACAACACCCUUCCCGGGAAAACUUAUCGAAAUCUCUGUCGAGAAAGGAGAUCAGAUAGUAGCCGGUCAGACAAUUUGUGUGAUCAGACAGAUGAAAAUGGAAGUUGAGGUUAGGAGUCAGAGCAAUGGGGUUGCGAAGUGGGUUUUUGGGAAUGGAGAGGAAGAUCAGUGGGAGGAGGGAGAGGAAGGGGAGGAUGUGGGGGUGGGGGUACUGGUUUGUGAGUUAGACGAGGAAGUUGAGAAGGGGAGAGAGAGUAAAUUAUAG